AAUUCUUCAUGAACGGAAUACAUCACUCUAUAAAUCAUUCCGUACUUAAUUCAUCUUGCUUAUACAAAAUAACAAAUUAGACUUCUUUAUGUAUUUACUUUUAUAAUCCAAUCAUGAUUACGCUGACGUGUCCAUGAUAAUACCGUGAUUUGAUUCGGCACGCAGCAUUACUUUCCUCUGUUUAAUUUGUUUAUAAAAAUGAUAUUAUCUGUUCAAAGUCAUUAAAAACAGGAGGCCGUUUUAACGUAAAAUGAGAAUACAAUUAAGUGUAUUAGAAAAGCAACAAUAACAAAUAACAAAAUACAUAAUAAUGUUCUUUCCGCUAUUGUUCAGCAAUAAAACAUUGGGAUUACUAUUUCUAUUAGUCUGUUCUUUCCUCCUUAUCGAUGCAGUUAAUAGAGAUGUAUUUAAAACAUGCGAACAGAGUAGCUUUUGCAGACGUUGCAGAAAAGUUGAGCCUGGAAAAACACCAUAUCAACUUUUAACAAAUACUUUAACUCAAAAUGAAUCCAGUAUAAGUAUAGACUUGUUUAAUAAGGAUACAAGAGUUCUUUAUAUAUUGCAAUUAACUGCAUUAAAGGAUAACACAUUUAGACUCCAUAUCAAUGAAAAAAAUCCAUUACGUGACAGAUAUGAGCCAGAAUAUGCUCUUCAGGAUCAACCACAAGAAUCUAAAUUAAAUUUAAUUGAAAAAACUACAGAUCAUAUAACUAUAACAAGCGGAGAAAACAAAGUUAUUUUAUAUACUAGUCCAUUUAGAGUGGAUUUAUACUCUCAGAAUAUAUUGGUUGUGUCUGCAAAUGCAAGAGGUCUUAUGAGAUUUGAACAUCAUCGUACAAAACCUAACAGGAAACCGGAACAAGAAGAAAAUGCUGAUAAUGCUGAAAAUGCUGAAAUAAAUGGCAAUGGUGAUGCUCCAGGUGAUGGAGCAGAUGAUGAUCCAGGUGCUUGGGAGGAAAGUUUUAAAACUCAUCAUGACUCAAAACCUUUUGGCCCAGAAGCAAUUGCUUUGGACUUCAGCUUUCCUGGUGCUGAACACGCAUAUGGUGUACCAGAACAUGCAGAUUCCUUUGCUCUAAAAUCUACAAAACAGGCUGAUCCUUACAGAUUAUACAAUUUAGAUGUAUUUGAAUAUGAAGUCAAUGAAAGAAUGUCAAUUUAUGGAGCAAUACCUGUUCUCUAUGCUCAUGGUAAAGAAAGAACAACUGGUAUCUUCUGGCAUAAUGCUGCAGAAACGUGGGUCGAUAUUUUAUCAAGUGCAGACAAUAAUGUUGUAGAAAGUAUUGUAAACUUUGUAUCUCGAUCUGCUAAAAAAUCACAAGUGGAUGCUCAUUUCAUGUCAGAAGCUGGUGUAAUAGAUGUGUUCUUUAUGUUAGGUCCUAAGCCUCUGGAUGUAUUUAAACAGUACACAACUUUAACGGGCACAGCACCAUUACCUCAAAUGUUUACCUUAGGCUAUCAUCAAAGUCGUUGGAAUUACAACGAUCAAGAUGAUGUUAUACAAGUAGCAGAAAAUUUUGAUACACAUGAUUUACCUUUGGAUGUUAUGUGGCUCGAUAUCGAGUACACCGACAGUAAAAAAUAUUUUACUUGGGACGGGCGAAAAUUUCCAAAUCCUAUUGAAAUGGUGCAUAAUUUAACCGCAAAAGGUAGAAAAUUGGUUGUAAUUAUUGAUCCGCAUAUUAAACGUGACCCUGGUUACUUUCUGCAUAAUGAUGCCACAAAAAUGGGUUAUUACAUUAAAACAAGAGAUGGAAAAGACUACGAGGGUUGGUGUUGGCCAGGAUCAUCCUCGUAUUUAGACUUUUUCGAUCCAGCGGUACGAGAAUAUUAUAUCAGUCAAUAUAGUUUAGAUAAAUUCCAUGGUACCACUAAUGAUGUGUACAUCUGGAAUGAUAUGAACGAACCAAGCGUAUUUAAUGGUCCCGAAGUGACUAUGCCUAAAGAUGUAAUCCAUUAUGGUGGUUGGGAGCAUAGAAGUGUUCACAAUAUUAAUGGACUUCUUUUGUCUAUGGCUACAUAUGAAGCUUUAUUUAGAAGAUCAGAAGGCUCACUACGGCCAUUUACACUUGUGAGAUCUUUCUUCGCUGGUUCACAACGUUAUACAGCUAUGUGGACUGGCGAUAAUACAGGCGAUUGGGAUCACUUACGUGUAAGUUAUCCAAUGUGCCUCUCUUUAGCCGUUUCUGGAAUGUCAUUCUGUGGAGCAGAUAUUGCUGGUUUCUUCAAAAAUCCAGACUCUGAACUGUUCAUUAGAUGGAAUCAAGCUGGUGCCUGGCUUCCUUUUUAUCGUCAGCAUUCUCAUAUUGAAACUAAACGGCGCGAACCUUGGUUAUUUAACGAAGAAACUCUUCAAAUUGUCAAAGAGGCUUUCAGAAUGAGAUAUUCAUAUCUACCAUUAUGGUAUACACUUUUCCGAGAACAUGAAGUAAAUGGCACUCCGGUAGUACGACCUUUAUGGGCUCAUUAUCCAAGUGAAACUGAGACAUAUGCUAUUGAUGAUGAAAUAUUAAUUGGCGAUUCUAUACUUGUACGCCCGGUCUUUCAACCAUCAGUUACAGAUGUUAACGUAUAUUUCCCUGGAGAAGGCACAGUAAUUUGGUAUGACGUUGAUACCAUGCAACCAUAUUAUCAGCCAGGCUUAGUUAAUAUUCCAGUGACUCUACAUAAAAUUCCGGUAUUCCAAAGAGGCGGCUCUAUCGUUCCACGUAAAAUGAGAAUUCGUCGUAGUACAGUAGCAAUGAAAAAUGAUCCCUAUACUUUGAUAGUUACCACAGAUUCUGCGGGUAAAGCUAAUGGCACAUUGUACAUCGAUGACGAAGCUAGCUUUGAAUAUCGUCAUGGAAAAUACUUAUAUUUAAGACUCAAUUUUGAAAGGAAUAAAUUAACUUCUACAUUUAUCGACAAAUUAUCUUCAUAUCAGACAGAAAGCUGGUUGGAAAGGGUAGAUAUUGCAAAUCCACCUAAAGGUGUUAAAUCUGCUAUAUUAAAUUCACGCAGUAUGGCAAAGGUUAAUUUGGAGACUAAAUACAAUCCAAACAAUAAUGUAUUAACCGUGCGUAAGCCAGGUGUAAAUAUGGGAGAAGAAUGGUCUAUCGAACUGAUCCAUUAAAAGUUUACUCAUCAUAGACUCAGUAAUCAUACAUUAAUGCCAAUUUUCUAUUAUUCACGUACUUUUAUUAGCUAUGUGUGAUCAAAAUGCCAUUGUAUACCAUAACGAGAUAAAUACAACAUAGAGUUAAUGUAAAUGAUAUAUAUAUAUAUAUAUAUAUAUAUAUAUAUAUAUAUAUAUAUAUAUCAGAUAUUUCAC